UCUUGAAAUUUUAUUGAAAUGUUUCUUGAAAUCUUCUUGACAUCUUGAAAUCCUAUUGCAAUUACCUGCUUGAAAUUUUCUUACAAUUUUCUUGAAUUCUCCUUGAAAUCUGCUCGAAAUCUGCUUCUAGUAAUCUUCUUCCAAUCUUGAAAUCUUCUUAAAAUUUCCUUGAAAUUUUCCCAAAGCUUGGAAAGUGUUUUUCUAGGACUUCACCCACGGUAUACCUAUAUUUGCCGCAUGGGAGCCUCUUUUUUGCCCCGGGUCUUUUAAAAGGAUUUUACGAAAGGAGGAGACCCUCAUGUUACCACAGAAGGUCCUCCAUGAUCCUCAUUUAGACCUUCGAAUAGGGUUCUUAUACUUGCGCCGAGCGGUCUUAUGACCUUCCCAGUCCGCAUGCAACUUAGUUAAAGACCCUGCGAACAUCCUUACGAACUCUUUCGGCCUGAGACCUCUUACUCGUUCCUUGUAUGCCCAUGGUUUUUGUAUGAGGCGUCUUGGAGACGUUAUUUCGCUUUAAGCACCUAAAAUGGUGAGGGACACCCUGUGUAUGAGACGUAUAUCAAUUUAGUAUAUUAAAUCUCAGUUUUUUUACGAAUAAGCACAGAAUCGGUACUCUUUUAGCUAUUUUUCCUUUUAGAAUGGUUUGUAAUUGCGUAUAACGUGAAAUAACAUGUUUAAGUGUAGGCACAUCUGGCCAUUUUCGAUAAGAGUUUUUGUUAUCGGACGUGAUUUAAUUAACGCACGCGUUUUUUGGUGCGGCUUUCUGUCAAGGAUCCCUUAUUGCCAAAGUUAAAGUGUGUACCGUAUGAAUAGCCACCGGCAAAUCGUCAUAUCAUUCAUUGAGAAAAUUUCCCCAUAUACCGCUUCAUAGUGAACGUGUAUAAAAGUAUGUUCGGCGAUAACAAGCAUCUCUUUGGAACUAAAAGUUGUGUUCAGUUGGGGUCAUUGCGUUCAUAAAGGAAGGCUCGUUUCGAUUUUUGUAGCGGGCGAGAGAAGUGAGAAAGCGAUGAUUUUAAGCUAAUUUUCGAGAACGAACACGUACCAAUUUGGGUACGCAAAUCAUUAUCAUUAUUGGUUUAUCUCAAGUGAAAAACGGAAGAUUUUCGUUUAACUUCAUCUAGUAGGAUCUGCAGGUUCUGGACGUUGUAGAUAUACUUCUGGUUCGCGGGGUUUGUAAAAGUUUUGAAAGAUUUGGAGCUUUUCUGAAGUUUCUGUAUACCUUUACAUUCCUAAACUUUUGAAUAUGCCGAAGUUUUUGAGUGUUCUGAAGAUCCUGAAGCCACUGGGUCUUCAGCUACUUUGUCUUCCUCAAUUUUAUCAAUAUCCUGUUGUACCUUUGGCGCCACUAUAUUCAAACUUAGAUGGCAGCGUAAAUUAAAUUUAAUCUCGUUACACGAGUAGACUUAAUGAGCACUCAAACGUUUAGAUAGGAAAUCAGAUCAGUGAUAAGUUACUAAACUCUCAUCAUUGUUCCUACAACUAUGUCGAUUAUCGGCCGCAAUAAUCCGAGCGUGAUAAUUAUCGGUGCGGGCGCCGCGGGUAUCGCCGCCGCUUCCAGACUGUACGCCAACGGUUUUGAGGAUAUAACCAUUUUGGAGGCGGGGAGUAGGAUCGGCGGUCGUAUUCACAGCGUGCCCUUCGAAGGGUCGUACAUUGAUCUCGGCGCGCAGUGGUGUCACGGCGAGAAGAAGAACGUGGUUUACGAAUUGGUCAAUGGUUUAGGUAUAUUGAAGGAGGAGGAUCUGAGCCCGAAGUUGUACCACUCAAGCUCCAAGGUGAUCGAGGAGGCAUUCCAGCGGAGGUUUUUGGCUGUGGCUGACGAUUUGGAUGGGGCCGAGUCUUUAGCGCAGAGGAUCGUUGAAAGAUUCCAACGGGAGGUUUGGGAGGAUGAGGAGUUGGUGGGGGAGUGUUUGGAGUGGUUGCGAAAGAGCGCGCUUUCGUACGACGGUGCGUUUUCGUGGUUGAACGUUUCCGGAUGCGAAGAUUUUGAGGAGUGCGAAGGGGAGGGACACCUUAGCUGGAAUGGACUCGGGUACAAGACAAUUUUAAAAGUACUCAUGUCAAAAUUCCCAGAUGCGUUGGAGUCGAAACUGCUGCUCGGUAAGGAGGUGUACCAGAUCACUUGGGGGGACCAAGUCGUAGUGAGCUGUCUCGAUGGAACCACUUACUCUGCCGACCACGUCAUCGUAACCCCAUCUCUUGGCGUGCUAAAGAAAUGUCACAAAACCUUGUUUCACCCCGAACUCCCCCUCGAAAAGGUCAUCGCGAUCGAGACGCUGGGUUUCGAUGCUGUUGGCAAAAUCUUCCUUCACUUCCCAAAUAAGUGGUGGGACCAGAACUUUACCAACAUUAACUUUGUCUGGAGCGAAAGUGAUUUGAAAAAGAGCGCCGAGGAAUUUCCCUGUGAAAAUUUCUCUGUAACUCAGUUUCAGAAGGGACGUUCUUGGGUUACGGGAAUUUUCGCGAUUCACACAGUGCUAGGCAGCCCAAACCUGCUCCUGGCAUGGGCCAGUGGCGAAUUUGUACCAGAAAUUGAGACACGUACCGACCAGGAGAUCAUCAGCGGUAUUGAGUACAUCCUACACAAGUUCCUAGGGAAAAGACACUCGCCGGACGCGAUUAUUCGGGAAAAAUGGUACUCACAUCCUCACUUUUACGGGACGUAUUCAUUCCAAACGGUACAAUCUCAAAAGCUGGGGCGGUCUCAGGCGAGCGUCCUAAGACAACCGCUCUUGAGCGCUGGCGGAAAACCCAGGGUUCUGUUCGCCGGUGAAGCGACUCACGCUAAAUACUACUCGACCGUUCACGGUGCCAUCGAAACAGGUCAUCGAGAAGCUGAUCGCCUGAUAGAUUUUUGUAAAUGA